AUGCUUGCCACCGGCCGCCCCGGGGGUGUUGGCGCCGGCCUGGCGGCACCCCGCUCCGCGCCCGUUCUCCGCGCUACCGCCGGCUCGUCGACCGCCCGCUCGGCCAUCACCACCGGAGCCGUCCGCCCGGCUGGCCGCAUGGCUUGGGGCAAGAUCCGCCCGGACUCCCGCUCGGCUGACUGGUCGCACUCGCUGCUCAUGGUCCUCGUCGGUGUCGCCGCUACACUGAUCGCUCUCUGGCUGGUCGGCCCGCGCCGCAAUCCGCGCCGCGCUGGCCUGGGUGAUUACCACGGCGACGGUGGCGGCGAUGACGGUUCUGCCAGCUCGACAGGGCUCGUCAGCUCAGUCCUCGGUGGACUGGGCCUUGCUCCGCAGGCCAACUCGCCCCAGGACGUCCUGGCGCAGAUGGCGCCGUCGGACGCUGAGGAGCUGGCCGUCGCUGCAUCCGCUGCCGCUCCAACCGCCGGCCUCUCGCCGUCCCUGCACCGCGCGCUGGACGACUCGGCCGAGAGCAUGCGCUCGCUCUGGUUAGAGUUGCGCAAGGCCUACGCUGACGAGCACAUCUCCCUGCUGCUUGACGACUUUGCUCUCUACGCCCUCCUCCGCAAGCUGGAUCCUGGAGCCGUGGCCUUUGUCGGCGCGCCGCACGGCUGGCGGCUGGUUCAGACCGCAUCAGACGCGCUAGGCGUCAACGCCGGCCGCGGUACUGUCGACGCAACACCCGAGGCUCCGCUGGUGUGCAUCGGCUUUGACGAUGCCACCGCCGCCGAUGUCGAGCACACCAGUUGCGCUCUGUAUGAUGCGCGUCCGCUGCCGGCAGGUGUGGAUGGCAGCAGGGCACCGCAGGCACAUCUUGUCCCCGGUGCAAUUGAUGCAGCUCGCGUUCUCACUGCUCUUGAGCCGUACGUCUCCCGCGAUCGCCCUGCGGUGGUCGUCCUCGACCUCCCGUCACGGUCGCUGGCCUCUGGCCUGGCCUCGCGGUUCUCGGCGCCGGCCACUGCCCUUCUUGACAUCCUGCCUGAGCUUCCGGCCGGCACUGUCUUGGUCGUGCCGGAAAUCUACCUUCCGGGCCUCCCGCCGCGGACUCGAUUUGACUACAAGCAGCGCGGCAUCAACAGCAUGCUCGCGUCGGCGUCGGACGAGAACACGUGGCGCGAUCUCGGCUCCGAGUUUGAGCUCGCCUUUGCGCUCUGGGCUGACGGCCACGUCUGCGCUGCAAGUAGCUGCAAAGGGCAGACGUCCGAGUGGAAGCUCUUGUUUGCGGCCCACUACGCCCGCCACUCGCCAAAGAACCUGCUGCUCCCGGCGGGAAUCGACCCUGCCGCCGCCGAGCAUCCGUACAUCCCCAACCGGUACGGCGACCCCGAGGACAUGCCGUGGUGGCUUCCCGAAGCCGGCACAGUAUGGCUGGUCAAGGGCGGGAAGCGACCGGCGUGA